GUCCGUCGCCGUUUGAAAGCCGGUGACGCGUUUGCGGAAAUUUCGGUUUCCCGGUCCACUUAUCGACGGUUGCGCGAAAUCGUUGUUCCUCAGGCGCAAGACCCGAUGGAACGGUCGUUUUUGCCUUCGAACGUUUCGCGUAUUUCAAUAUUGUUCAUUGUAUUGUUUUUCCGUCUCGUGUCUUUCGAAUAAACACUCGACCGAUUUUUCGUCUUUCGAUCCUGUAUGUUCCGUCUUGCGUCUUAACUCUUUUCCGACGGAUAAAGCAAUCUCGUUGAUCCGUUUUGUACUACAGUAGUCACUCGAUAAUUCGAAAUUCAGGAGACUGAGCUAAUGAUUCGAAUUAUAUAGAGGUUUUCGAUUUAUCGAGUGUUCGAAUAAUCGAGGGAAGAAAUUAAUUUGAAUUAAAGAGAGAUGGUUAGUUCUAAAGUUGCUGCUGCGAAGCCAGAUUCUUCAAAAAAGUUGAGGCCAAGCAAAGUGAAAAGCUUGGCCAAAUAUGAAGCCAAAAAGAAGGCUAGAGCAGCUGGUACACUGAAGAAAAAACCCAAGCAAAAUUUGUUAAGUGGUACAGCUACAUGGAAAGUGGUGUACAAGAGUGGAACUUGGCGUUUCGUUCAUAGGCCUACUGAAAAUAAAUUAAAAGCUAAAGCUAAAGCUGAAGGAAAGCCAACUAAUGAAACUCGAAAAUUCAAGAAAUCCAUAGUUGUAAAACCAAUUAAAGGUGAAAAGAAUGGUGAGACUCGUGAAGUUCACACUGUUAAACGCAAGGCAUAUUAUCCAACAUUAAAAACACCGAAGAAGCAUAGAGCUCGUGGUUUAUUCAAGAACCAUAAGCGCAACAUUCGCCCUACUCUAACUCCUGGAACAAUUGUAAUUUUGUUGACUGGUGUUCAUAAAGGUAAACGAGCUGUUUUGUUGAAAACCCUUGAUACUGGUUUGCUCUUGAUAACUGGACCAUUUAUUCUGAAUGCAAUCCCAAUGAGACGUGUACAUCAAGGCCAUGUGAUUGCCACCAAGACGAAGUUAGAUAUCUCCAGUGUGAAAAUACCUGAGGAGAUUGAUGACAAGUAUUUCAAACGUACACUCUUAAAAAAGAAGCCUAAGAAAAAUGAAAGCAAAAGCUUGUUUGUUCAAAAACCCAAGACCUACCGACCAACUGAAAAGAGGAAGUCUGAUCAAAAGUUAGUAGAUGCUCAGGUUUUGGAUGUUAUCAAGAAACAUAAAGAUAAGAAAAGCUUUUUCUUGUACCUUUCAUCUAUGUUUGGUUUAAGAAAUAAUCAAUAUCCACACAGGAUGCAAUUUUAAAUUGGCUGUAUAUACUGGUUGUUUCUUUCUUUAUGGAAUACAUGAAUAUACUGCAUGUA